AACAAUUUUUUUUAAAAAUAAUUAGUUUUCAAUUUUUGUGUGUGUUUUGUAUUAUUAUUAGUGGGUGUGCAUCAAUUGGACUAAUACAAACACACACACACACACACCAACAAAAUGUCUACAAAAAAAUCUGAAAAAUUUUUCAAUCAAUUAAAAACCCAAAAUAAUAAUAUGCUGUCAAUAAUUGUAUCGUUGGCUAAGUUUAUAUGGAAUCCUAAGACCAGACAAUUUUUUGGUCGCACCGGUAGCUCAUGGCUUAAGAUCCUAACAUUUUACAUAUGUUUCUACUGUUGUUUGGCUGGAUUUUGGCUACUAAUGCUAUAUGUGUUUUAUCAGACUGUCGAUCCACUGGUACCCAAACGGCAAUACUGGGACAGUCCUAUUGGUUGGACACCGGGACUUGGUUUCAGACCGCGCGACCAAAACGGUGUCAGCGAUAGUAUAGAAAUUCGGUUCAAACCGGAAGGACUAGAAAUGGACGRYAAUAACAAUAACAACAACAACAAGGACUGGAAGUACUGGUCAGACAGUUUGGCUGACUUUCUGGAGCCAUACGAAAAGGCUGCUACCGGUGCUCAUAACGACUUUGACGACCAGUGCUCGGACGGCGGCGGCGGCAAACCUGUGUCAACCGAUACUGACCAGAGAUACUGUUUGUUUGAUAUUAAAACAAUUGACGCCAAUUGCAGUCGUGAUCGGGAUUUUGGSUAUAAAACAGGCGAUCCUUGUGUUCUCAUUAAACUUAAUAGAAUAUACAAUUGGAUGCCCGAACCGUAUACUAAUGAUGACCUGGAGGAUGACAACAAUAACCAAUUGGUAAUACCAGAUGAAAUUAGAUCAAAAAUAUUGGUCACCACCACCAACAACAACAACAAUCAAACUAUUAAACCAAUGAUUUAUAUAACAUGCAAUGGAAAGAGUAUAGACGAUAGAGCCAACAUAGGACCGAUACACUACUACCCGCACCAGGGCAUGGAAAUUAAAUACUACCCGUUUACCAAUCAACCCGGUUAUCUAUCGCCGUUUGUUUUUGUCCACUUCCCUGAGCCGGCAACCGGUGUCCGGAUUGGUGUCGAGUGUAAGGCUUGGGCCAGAAAUAUACAACAAAAUCGGGCGGACAGAGAGGGAUACAUACAGUUUGAACUAUUUAUAGAUUAG